AAAAUAGUGUUUUUAGCCCCCGCACAUGGCGAGCAGAAGGAAUAAAAAACAUGUCAUGUUAUGCAGUUCACACUUUGGAGUGACAGCCAAACGUCUAUAAAGAAACAUGGCCGGGAACAUAAAAGAUAAAGAAGCAUAUCAACGCCUGAACUUCCUCUAUCAGGCUGCUCACUGCGUUUUGGCUCAAAAUCCAGAGAAUAUUGAACUAGCAAGAUUUUACUGCUUCACUCAGAAGACCAUCUCUAAACGACUGGUGCUCAGACAAGAUCCAUCAGUGAAGAGAACCAUUUGCAAGAAAUGUUGCACUUUACUGGUACCAGGUGUCACAUCCACUGUAAGACAAAAAAGAGGACCAAGACGACAACGUAAGACUAUUGUACGGUGUUUAAGUUGUGGACUGACCAAACGGUUCCCAAACAACCCUAAAUAUAAAUUGUGGGUGGAUCAACCGGAGGCUCAGCUAGAAAACCAGACAUCACAAGUUGCUGGUCCUUCAUCUAAGUCCACAACCCAAGGGAAGAAAUCGGAUAUUUCAAGUGGUUCAGCAUCCACAACCGCGAAGAAUUCGUCUGCAGCUCAAACAAAUCUGACUAAUCCUUCAUGACACUCACUUUGAGACUGAACACAAACAUUAAUAUGGCUUGUUUAACAAAGUGGAUGUUUUUUUUAAAUUAGAAUUAUAGUUUUUUUUUUUUUUUAGUUUUGCAGCCAGUUUUUACUUUCCUGACAGAAUGGGCUAAAUGGUUUUCCUUCCACAUUGAAUGGAUGUUUUGAAUUGCAAUUAAGUAUUCAUACUGUAAAAGGCUGAUUUACAUUGCUAAUGACUUUUUCCUGUACUUUUUUUUUUUUUGCAUCUUAAAUAUAAUUGAACUCUGCACGACUUCCUUCUAAAGAAGCGUUUGCUUUUAUCACCGGGAGCGUUUGGAAACCUGGUGGGAAUUCAGUUGACUACAUAAAAAUGUAUUGAUCUACUGUUACUAAAUUAUCUCUUUAUCCGAAUCAUCCUGUGGAUAUUUCAAUUAGACACGCUCUGCAUACUUGGUAACUUUAAAGCUUUUCAGAACAUUUUGAACAAUUUUUUUUACAUUUUUUUUUUCAUCGAACUUCUAAAGCCUUAGUGAUUUUUCCAGUCAGUUGAUCUCUGAUAGUCUCUUGAUCUCAGGGUCGCACAUAUAUCCCAUGCUGGGCUUAAAGGUUUUGAUAUUUGAAGUUUCUGAUGGGAAAAAAAGCCUUCUCUUCGCACCGCGCGCAAUGCGUGUUCAUGAAUUAUUCAAAUUUGCGAGCACGACCUCUCCAUGUAUCAUGCUUCAAAUCUUGGAUGCUCAAUUCCCGUUGCAUAUUCAUGAUAUCCAUCACCCUGGCGAUAAUGUAUAAGUGA